GUAGGUCAGGCCCUCAGGAGAAUAACGUAAUUAAAGUUUGUGUGGGGACAAGAUGGUGCCUUGCGUUGUAUUUCUCCUCUUCUGCCUAAAUUUACAAGUCUUUGCAGGCAUCGAAGACAUAGAUUUAAGGUAUACACAGCCCGCAGCAACGUUUGACGAACUGUACAGUGAUGCAGUGCAGUUGUACUCGAAUGAAUCUUGGACGGCAGCCAUUCGAUCUCUGCAACUGGCUUUGGCCGAUUACAGACAUGAACGUGAGGUCAGGGCAAACUGCAACAUUAACUGUAAAGAGAAAGUCGAUAAAAGUGAAAUACUGAGAAGAGGAAAGUUCGAUGGAGGUAUCUUGGUGCUAUACUAUGUAAUACGCGUUAGGAGAUGUGCAGAUCUGUGCCAAGAAAAGUUCAUGGGUAGACGUGCCCCUAUAGCAAAAUACAUAAGGGAUGCUUUUGAUAAAAGAGAACCUUAUAAUUAUCUGCAGUAUUCAUAUUUCAAGCUUAAGGACUACAAAAAUGCAGCCUCCGCUGCACUCACUUACGUGGAGAGACAUCCAGCAGACAGUGUCAUGCUAAAAAACCUGCAUAUGUUUGCAGGAGCAAAGUACAAUGUGAGCAUCGAUAACAUACAUUCAAUGGAAAGGCAGCGUUUUGCUGAGCUUUACCAUCAAGGUGACAAAGAGUAUGAAGAAGGAAAGUUCCCUGAAUGCAUACAAAGUUUUGAAGAAGCACUGGAUGAAUUUUACAAGGCCCACAAGAAAUGCCUUGCCUUGUGUGACUUCCAGCAUGAAAAACACCAGGCCUCAUUCUCUGUUGGAUUCUUCCAGCAUUACAUUGCAGUUGUUCAGUGCAGAUUGGCAUGCCGUGAUGAGCUAUCAUUCGUGCGAGGGGCAAAGUUUGAUAAAUACAUUGAAAAUCACUACCAUUAUUUGCAGUUUUGUUAUCAUGAAAAGGGAAAAGUAAAAGAGGCAGCUGAGAAUGCAAAAACAUACUUGCUUUUUCAACCAGAAGACCCAAUAAUGAUUGAAAACUUCAAGUAUUAUCUGAAAGCACUGAAUUUAGAUGCGUCAGAUGUAGCAGUGAGGAAGAGAGCUAAGACAAUGCUAGAUGAAAGGAGGUUUGAUGAAAAACUCUUGGCUGUUGCAAAGUUUUAUGCAAACCCAGAUGUUGUUUUUGAUGAUGAAAAUAAAGAUUUUGCUGCCUUGGAGGAAGAUGAGAAUCUUAUAUUUAGUGACGAUAAAGAUCAAGAAAAUGAAGGAAAACCUAAAGAUGAAAAAAGUAGUGAAAAGGCUGAAAAAGAGAAAAGUCCAAAGAAAUUGUCAAAUAUUGUUAAGAAAGCUAAAAAAUGGCAAAAACACAGUGAGUUCAAGGGAAUCAAGCUGUUCAUGGAAGACAAGCAGUUGAAUGGCACAGGAAGAUUUGUUAUCGACAACAUGGCUUCUGAGGAAGAGUGCAAAAUCUUGUCGGCUCUUGUUAACAAAUUGGUCAAUAUAAAGACAAAAUCAGCUGCGAAUGACUUUUGCGGAGAAGAGGCAAAUGGAAAUACAUCAGCAGGCCAGCAAACCUUUAUCUUUAAUUGGAAUAAACAGAAUAAACUAUCAGAUUUUGGUGAUGGGUACAAACAUAACCAUCCUGAUCCAAAACACCCGUUCACAGAGAAGGAGUCUUUUGAAGGAGUCAACAUCAAAGAUGCUGUUUUGGCAGCUGUUAAUGGUGAUAUAUCUCUGGAAGAGGCAGAGAUCUAUGUAAACCUAAGUGACAAAAUGAGAAGCUUCACAGAACAAUACUUCGAGCUGAAGCAGAAAUUACACAUUGCAUAUACCCAUCUUGUUUGUAGAACGGCUUAUUCUGAAGCUGCAGCUGGUGAUCACAUAAGCCACCCGGUCCAUUCGGAUAAUUGUAUUCUUGGUUUGGAUGGACCUGGAACUUGUCCCAAAGUGUCACCAGCUUACACUUGGCGUGACUUCAGUGGAGUGUUGUACCUCAACGAUGGUUUCGAAGGUGGAGAAUUUAUAUUUGCACAUCCGAAUGGAACACAACAGGCAUCUGUCAAACCGAAAUGUGGCCGCAUGGUUGCCUUUAAGGGAGGACUCGAUAAUAUUCAUGGCGUUCUUGGAAUUAGGACCGGAAGAAGAUGCGCUUUGCCGCUCUGGUUUACUCUCCAAGAGGACAAGAUUGAGGACAACAGAGGAAAAUACCAGAAAAUAUUGAGUAACCUUCGGAAAGAAAAGAAUGAACUCCGGGCUACUGAAGGAUCGGGAAUUGAGUUUAAAACCGAACUUUAGGGCGUCUUCCGGAUAUCAUUUAGUUUGGUUGAAAUUGAGGGCAGCCAGGCUUAAGGCAGUUGUUUUAGCCAGUUUUUAAAGCUAUGGUUUGCUCCUUAGAAUGUAGGGCCCGCGCCACUGACCUGAGCUGAAGGGACCAGCAGUGUAAAGAAAGUUUUAUCUUAGCCCCAAUUGUGGCAAACAUUUUGCUCACGCUGUUUUUCUUUUUGAUAUUUGUUCAAUGUAUUUUUUGUUAUCUAAAUGUUUAUCUAUAUAAAUAAUUCAAGCUGAUUUUAAUUUCUCAUUUAGCGAAAAAUUUGGAAGGCCAUGGUCCUUCUGGCCCCCCUUUGUGGCGCGGGCCCUGUCAAUGCAAGUGACACCUGGAGAGCAUUUUAAGAAAUUUCCAUCCAAAUAAGGGAGGUCUAUUUAGGCUGUUUUUGACCAUUAGGGAUGAAUUUUUUUUACUUAAGUGCAAAAUAACCAGGAAUGUAAAGGCGAUCCUACGAUUUUGCCAAAUUUUUAUUCAUUAAAGACUUUAAAGAUGCCUAAAAACCCUUUUUGGUAUCGUUCAAACAUAUUAAUACAGGAAAGUUUAAGAAAUCUAGAUAAUUUGAUAUUCAUAUGUGAAAUUUUCUUAGUCUUUGUAUGAGGUUGAAUUUUUAUACUUUUUGUAGCAAAAAGACGUUACCAUUUGGUAAA